CGUCGGGGAGCGGGCGCGCCGCCGCCGCCGCCGCGCUGGCCGGAGUUACCGGUAGUGGGGUUUGAGGGCGAUGUCCCUCGUCGAAGGCCUCGACGCAGCUUCUCCCACCCCUCCUGCAGUCUCUGCCGGGUCCUUCGUCCACUCCUCGUCAUGAGAGCAGACAGAGCCCUGAAGCAAAGAAAUCUGGAUCACAGAAAAAUAUUCAAGGGUCAUGCAAGCCAACUGUAGCCAACUGCACAGUUCUCCAGGAGCUGUAGGCAGUGAGGAUACCUCAGCCUCCCAGUGUGUCCAUACAAGAUUGAUAGAAGGUUGUCUUCAUUCUGGAGAUGUUCAUAUCCAGAUAAACACCAUACCUAAAGAAUGUGCUGAAAAUCCAAGCUCCAGAAAUAUGAGAUCAGCUCUCCAUAGCUGUACCCAUGGAUGUGUACAUAGUCGCUUACGGAGUCACUCCCACAGCGAAGCAAGGCAGCCUGAUGAUACUGCCAUGGAGUCUGGAGAUCAUGGUAGUAGUGCCUUCUCAGAAUUCCAGUAUCUCUUCAAGUGGUUGCAAAGGAGUCUUCCAUAUAUUUUGAUUCUGUGUGUCAAACUUGUUAUGCAGCAUGUAACAGGAAUUUCUCUUGGAAUUGGGCUGCUUACAACUUUUAUGUAUGCAAACAAAAGCAUUGUAAAUCAGGUUUUCCUAAGAGAAAGGUGCUCAAAGAUUCAGUGUGCUUGGUUACUGGUAUUCUUAGCAGGAUCUUCUGUUCUUUUAUAUUACACCUUUCAUUCUCAGUCACUUUAUUACAGCUUAAUAUUUUUAAAUCCAACUUUGGACAGUUCAAGCUUCUGGGAAGUACUUUGGAUUGUUGGAAUUACAGACUUCAUUCUGAAAUUCCUCUUCAUGGGCUUAAAAUGCCUUAUUUUAUUGGUGCCUUCCUUCAUCAUGCCUUUUAAGUUCAAGGGUUACUGGUAUAUGUUUUUAGAAGAAUUAUGUCAAUACUACCGAGCUUUUGUUCCUGUACCAGUUUGGUUUCGUUACCUUAUAGGCUAUGGAGAGUUUGGUAAUGUAACUAGAUGGAGUCUUGGGAUAUUGCUGGCUUUACUCUACCUCAUAUUAAAACUUUUGGACUUUUUUAGACAUCUAAGAACUUUCCGACAGGCUUUGCGAAUAUUUUUUACACAACCAAGUUAUGGAGUGGCUGCCAGCAAGAGACAGUGUUCAGAUGUGGAUGAUACUUGUUCAAUAUGUCAAGCUCAAUUUCAAAAGCCAAUUCUUCUCAACUGUCAGCAUAUAUUUUGUGAAGAGUGCAUUACGUUAUGGUUCAACAGAGAGAAAACAUGUCCACUGUGCAGAACUGUGAUUUCAGACCAUAUAAACAAAUGGAAAGAUGGAGCCACUUCAUCGCACCUCCAAAUAUAUUAAGUUGUGUAAACUGUUAAGGCCAGAAACACUAAUUGGAUUUGGUUACAGUGAGUAUACUAUAAAGACGUCAGCAUCAGUCCUCACAGCUUGAAGGAAAAUGUUUCUGAAUGGUUUUAGAAUAUUAUAAUACUUCAGUGUGUAUCCUGAUUUAUCAAAAGAUUAACUGAAAGAACCCUGUGUUUUAAAAAAUAUGUAAGUAAUGUUCAACCUAAUGCAUAUAGAAAUCUAUUUGACAGGUGAUGGCAAUGUUAAAUUGUAAAUGUGUUUUCUUGUUAAUGUUACCAAAACAGCAAGUGGAUAACUAGAAUUAGUGAUUUUAAAGGAACUCAGGUAUUCUUCCCUGACAUUAUUUUCCAAAAUAAGAAUAUUUUUCAUAGUAUUUUCAGAUAUACAUUAUCUGAAUUUCCUUUAAAAUUGACUUUUGUAAUUCCCAUUCUAAAAAUUCGUAAAAGUUUCAUAAAAUUUGUAUUUUUAAAUGAAAGUUCUAAAUGCUAUAUUUUACCUAUGUCAUAUUUUUUAAAAGAAGAUCAAUUACUGAGGAUAUAUUUUAAUAUUAUAUUAUUCUUUGUUGUAUGUUUAGCAGUUGCUGAGAAUAGAUGACUUAAAUUCACUUUGUGGACAUCUCAUACAAUCCUGCUGUCAGCCAGCAUUCAUGAUCUUGCUUUUUUUAUAUAGUGCCAGGGACUAUCUUGAAUUAUUAAAAUAAUUUACAUGGAUUACAAA